AUGCCACCCCCGGAGCCACCCCCGCCCCUGCGGUGGUCGGCGACGUUCUCGUCGGCUCCUCUAGACGGCAGGACGGACUGGCGCCCCGGAACCCUCUUCCUCGACCAGCCACACAACUUUUUCUUCCUACGGGAUGAUGGAGGGAAGAUCGUAGAGGGAAGACUGCUGCGAAAGAAGGAAUGGAUCUCGCCUGGAACUGAGAUGGUGCUAUUGGACUGCCUCAUUCGCGUUGGCCACCGGCUGUUCCCGGCGCGGCGCAGACUCACCUUGGCGCCGGGGGCCAUUGAUCCUAGCUGUGGUUCGGCGGCAAAGUCGCCUGCUGCGGGAUCACGUUUUGAGCCCCUGGCCAUGGACGAAGUCGCCGAUCUGCCUGAAGCGGAGGGGGUGGCGGUCCAGGCGGCAAAUAUGGUCCUUUCCCAAGCAGAUCUUGAUGAAGAGGGCGGUCCUUGGACCUCCGUGUCUUGCCGGAAGAAAUCAAAAGAGGAGCUAGUGCAGGAAUUUUGGAACGACGUCGGUUUUCCGACGCCGGCGUCGCGAGUAUGGGAACGUCGGGGUUCCGCGUCCCCGGAGACAUCGGCCGGCCAGGAGUGCCUGGGUUCGUCUCAUGAGCCGUCCGCUCGGCCAGAUGGAGCGCCGAAAUCGCCAAAGCCAUCGCCGGCGACACCAAGGCAGCGCCGAGGGGUAUGCAUCAAGCCUUGGAGAGGGCCACUCCCCCGUCCGCGGAUCACGCCGCCGGUGGCGCUGGCCGCAUUCAUGCCGGAUGCGCUGGCCGAUCCGUCAUCUUCGGCGGAGCAAUGUCAAGGCGCCGUAACGCUCGCGGCAGCGCAUGCAUGCAACGAUCAUGCAUCCGGUCAAACAACGCUUCGUCCCAUGGGCCUUUUGCAUGCGGAAGGGCCCAGCAAGGGCCAUGCUGCUCGUUUGGGACGUACUAUCAGAAGGGCCGACGUAUUUCUUCGCCAAACGCAUCUACGCCCUAAUACUGCCUCCGUCUGCGCGUACUCUCGGACUGCGCCGCCAACGUACGCUGCUGCCCUGCGCCGGCCUUCGCCGCAGCUCAUGGCUGGCCGGAACGGCAACGCGCCUAAGGGGCCUCCUCUGGCCGGAGUUGCGACGCCGAACCCCGGGCCACCCGCCGGCUUUGGUGCUGCUGCCGGACCCUUCCGUUUUGGUGCUUCGUCAUCGUCUGCCCAUCCUUCCGGACAGCGGGCUGCUCCGACUGCGCCGGCACCGGUUGUCUUUGGGGCCGGCAACAAGACUGCGCCGGACGCUACUGCUCGCCGCAAUAAGACCAAGCGCAAGGGGGGGCGCCGUGAAGCCGCUACUGCCGGUGCCGUCCCCUCGGCUGCGCGACCUCCACCGAUAUUCCCGCCGCCUGCUACGGUGCCCGCCCCCACCAAGCAUGUUCCUGAGGCUCGAGACACUGCUCCGAUGGUUGUGCCCUCCGCUGAAGCCACUGGACGUGGGCCGAAAGGAAACCGAACUGGUCUUUGGUGUUUCAAAUGUCGUUCAGAUGAUCAUCUUUCCAAGGACUGCACGGCGAUUCAUUUCUGUCAUAUUUGCGACAAUUACAAGCACCCUUUGCAUCGGUGCCAUGUGCUUAAGCAACCGAGGCCUACCGCGUCGCUCGGUGGAUGUGGUUUAGUUAACGCUAUGUUCCUGCAGUUGCCGGACUUGCUAUUCAAGGAGCACCUUGCACCUCCAACCCUGCCGACUGCUUUGGUUACGAUCUCCGGUGGGUCUCUGUCCGCUGCUGUGGUUGAGGUAGAGAUCGCCAAGAUCGCAUCGGUUCAGGCAUCUUGGAAGUGGGAAGCCGUACCCCAUGGAGACAAUGCUUUCUUAGUUUGUUUCCCGUCCGUGGAGGUUUUGAAGCGCGUGUCAGCUUUUGAGUAUAAUGUCAAAUCACAAGACGUGAAGAUUGCUUUUAGUGAAUGGAAAGUUGAAGAGGUUUCAUCGAUUCUCCCUUUGCAACUUGUUUGGGUACAUGUCACCGGUGUCCCACCACCUCUCCGCCAUUUUCUUGGUUUGUGGGCGGUAGGAUCAGUCAUUGGCGCCACGCAAGACGUUGACUUGGUUUGUUUGCGCCGUCAUGGUAUUGUGCGCAUCCAGGUGGCGGUCCACUCUUUGGAUAUUUUCUCCAAAAAAGAUGGUUCUGAUGAAGCCUCGGUCUCCUCGGAUGUCUAUAUAAAGCUUAAUGGGUAUGCAUUUCGGUUUGUACUGGAGGAGGAAGAUUUUGUUCCCGACGUUGAUUUUAUUCCCCGGAUUUGGGAAAACCAUGAUAAUGGACAUGAUGACGGCGCUAACCGAGAUGAGGAUAUGCCUGAUAGGGAUGCUAACAAGAGGUCAAAAUGCAUCCAAGCUGUUGAUCAAAAUUCGGCGUCGGGGUCUCAAGUAAGUGCUGCAGUCCCCAUACAGUCUACACAACAAAUAGUGCAUACUGCUACUCUUGAGUCAUCUGUUGUGAGUAUGCCAGAGAAUAUGGAUACACACAUACACGUACCGGUGGUGCAGGAGUCCAUGGAUGCAUGCAUACCAAUGCAAGACGAGUUGGAGAAGGGCGGGUCCACAAGGUGCACCACUAUGCAUGUAACGGAUGCUGGAAACGACUCGGCUGCUCACGUGAAGGCAACAACAGUUGUUCACGGGCCACCGGCGCAGCCAACCGCGGCAAUUUCUGUCUGUGUUGCUGGGCACGCACAGUCGGCCGUGCAUCUGGCCACGACACCAAACGCACACAGUACUGUGCAUGGUGCUACCCCGGCUUUGACGCCGCUACAGCCAACCUUGACCCCAGCAGCGCAUGCGAUACUUCCUGCUUCGGUUGGCGUGCGGGAAUCCAAGACAUCGCCAAUGAUGGAGUCUCCAGUUCGUGCGGCCGUUGCCAUGGUGCCACUUGGCCCAGCGGCGGAUCGUGCUAGAGGAUCUUCUUCGGCAUCUGAUGCGGGCGUUCGGAUGGGAGCCACGACGCCUCCCUCUUCACCAACCCUUGGGACGCUUCGGACGACGCCUGCUUUGCAGAGGACUACAUCAACUACUCCGUCGAAGACUUUGACGGGGACUACGUCCGGAGGGUUGGCUACACCCCUGCGACGUAGUAACCGUCACUCCCUCAAUGUUGAUGGUUCUUCCUCGACUGAUGAGCACUCUCUUGCGAAGGCAAUGCGUCUCCAGGCUUCGAGGAAUUUGGACCCCAUGACAGGUUAUUUUCCGUUGUACGCACUCGCUUCGUACGUGGUGUACGCUACAACGAGCGGAGUACCAACCGUUGUUCAAGGCGGUGUGUACGCUGUUGGAGCAGGUGGCUACGGAGGUUUUUACCCAACAUGGAUGGCAGCAUAAUCUCCGGCUCGGUCCACCAUCUCUUUCGACAUAGGCAUAGUGUCGGUCUAUAGACUCUACUGUUGCCGAAUUGUCGGUCUUUUAUCUUUCUACUUAUCAGACUACUGGUGUUUGGCUGUG